UUCUUCUUCUUCUCUCUUCCGCCGGGUCUUUGCCUAUUCACUUCCGGUUUGUCGUCAGUGUGCUUUUUUGGUGACAGGAGCUCUACAACGCAGACAUGCCACUUGCAAAGGAUCUGUUACACCCGAGCUCUGAGGAGGAGAAGAGGUGUCACAAGAAAAAACGCCUCGUUCAGAGUCCCAACUCCUACUUUAUGGAUGUCAAAUGUCCAGGUUGCUACAAGAUCACCACGGUGUUCAGUCACGCUCAGACUGUAGUGCUGUGUGUCGGCUGCUCCACAGUGCUCUGCCAGCCUACAGGAGGGAAAGCUCGCCUUACAGAAGGAUGCUCAUUCAGGAAAAAACAGCACUAGUUGGCCCGGACGUGGUUGGACUCAGUUUAGGAGGAGAAUGAUCAGCGCUUGAUGGACAUCAAGCAACACUGCCAUGGAGCUGAUGCAGCAAUGAGGAAAUGGAGAGCGGGCAAACAAAUCAUGUAAUUUAAGAAGUCUCUCUACUUGAUAUGCACAAAGGCAUUGUUGAAACCCGACCAACAUCACAUCCAAUAAUUCCUCUACUCUUAAUAAACUUAGGUUGUUUUUUGGUAAAAAUAAU